CAGUGCUGAGAGUCCAGUGAGAAUGUCAGGGAGCGAGCAGCAGCUACAGAACCUGGCGCUCAUUAAAGAACUGGAGCUCCUCUUAGACUCCUGCACACUGGAACUCACACCAGUGGAUGAAGUCUGGCCAAACCUGUACUUGGGAAAUGUGGCUGUGGCUCAGAACAGAAAGAAGUUACAGAAGCUUGGCAUCACCCAUGUCCUGAACGCAGCCCACUCCAAGCAGGGCAGCAUCGGUGACCAGAGUUUUUAUGGGGACACCUGUGUUUACUUUGGCAUCCCAGCCGAGGAUUCGGAGAGUUUUGACCUCAGUCAAUACUUCAGUGCUGCAACAGACUUCAUUAACAAGGCCUUGAAGAGCAAAGAUGGGAAAGUGCUGGUGCAUUGCAUCAUGGGAGUAAGCCGGUCAGCCACCCUGGUUGUGGUGUAUCUGAUGAUGCGGCAGCAUCUUUCUCUUAGGGAUGCUCUGAGGCAGCUCAUCCAAAAACGUGCGAUUUACCCAAACAGGAACUUCCUGUCCCAGCUCCUUAAGCUGGAUGAUGAACUAGCACUAAGACGAAGGUUCUGUCCUCUUCUAUGACAUCUGUGUUUUUGUUUUAUUUCUCUCUGUUGCAUUGUCUACAUUGGGACCUCUAUUUAUUGUUGAUAGUUAGCUUUAAAUGUUCCACCAAGGUUUAGGAUAAAGAACGCAACACCUGAAUGUAGUGGCUCACAGCUUCAACCAACUGCUUUUUUUCCUAAGACAGUGACGAUAUCACUGGCUUGCUUUACCUGUGGCCACUUACUACCCAAACAGAUGUCAACAAAGGCAGGUCAUGCUUUGGUGUACACAGAUUAACUCUGGGCAUGGUCACUAAGUGAAGCCAUUAUGUGAACCAAGAGCUUAGGACAACAAAUGUGGACAAAUGUCUUCUUCUGUUGCACAACUUCAGCUUUUGGAUUCAUCUACGAAGAGCAUGGCUCUUAAGUAGUUGUAAAUAUUAAAAGUGAUGUUUAUAUUUAAUUUUAUAACAUGUUAAAAGUACAUUAUAUAUAAAAUAUAUAUAAAAUUAUACGUGUAUAGUUUGAUAAUAUUUAAAAGAAAAUGCAAAUGAUUGAACUUUUUUUUGCCAUGGAUUUAAUAAAGGCUCUUACAACAAGUGGUGUUGAUGAGUUUGUUUACACCAUAUUGUUAAGAGAUACUUUCCUGUUGAUUCUCAAUCUGGAACUGCACCCAGCUCUUGAAGAUGAACACAGAUGGAAGAUGUAGAAGAAGAAGAACCGAAGAAUCAACCAGGAAGCAGGAGAUUUGUUGGUGCAUACCCAACAUGCACCAGUGCAGGAUUUAAACCAGCAACUCUUCAAUUACGUGGAAUGUUUAACCACUAGACUAACAGUUUGCUAGUAUUAUGUUACCUGUAAAUAAAGAAACUUGGAAGUCUGGCUAUGUCAUAUGACAACACAG